GUGCAGCGCAAAUAUAAAACUUUAAUUAAUGAAGUGAUUCCGAAUUUGCGUGAAAAAAUGGCUUGAAUUGGACUUUGGUUAUAAGUACGUAAGCUAGAAUGUCGUGGCUACAGGAUCUCGCUGGCAAAGCUGAGAAUAUACUCACCAAAAUCGACCAGAAUGCAGCAACAGUAUUGACUCGUCAGUCAGCUGAAAAUGGUGAUGUGGAAGCUUCAGAACCGCUGGUGGAAGUCACUACCGUUCCUGGAACGACCACUACGACAAUGAUAAUGGAUUCCAAUUUUGCUCCCGCUCCAAUGAAAUUACCAAUUUCGAAAGGGCUCUCUUUGAAUGUAAAAACAUCACCCAGGGGCAUGAUUAGAUCUGCUUCUUCCGCCUCACAUGAGCGGAGCAGUUUUGUCGAUUUUGAUAGUGGAUCUGUGAAGUCAGAAAGGCAAAAUUCAUCUCGGAGAAGCUCGAUUAGCUCUAAGAAGGAUGGAACGGUAAUUGAAUUUACGACAAGCCCUAUUGAGACCAGUGCAGUUUCUAAUUAUGGCUAUUCAUUGGAAAAAGAACUAGCGGCAACCAAAAUCAUUCUGGCGGAAGUAAAAUCUGAAAGAGACGAAUUGAAGAUCGAGCUCGACAGCGCUCAAACUCAACUGUCGAAUUCUGAAAACGAAGCCAAAGUUAAGGAAUUGGAAAAUCUCUGUCAGAUUUUAAUCGAUGAGAAAAAUGAACUUUUCAUAAAAUUAACGUCAAUUGAAGAAUCUAAUGAAAAAUAUAUCAAAUCGAUAUCGGAACUAGAAUCGAUUGUAUCGAAGCAUAUGCAGAAUGAACAAGAGCUUGAUCAGAAACUGGAAACCGCCAAAGCAGAAACCAAUAAUGCAAUAGCUGAACUGCAGCAAUAUCGUGUGAGAGCUCAUGCAACGCUGCAGUUGAAAGAAAAAAUGAUCGAACAAUUGAAGGAGAAUGUUAUUCCGGGUGGCAUGAAUCAGAUUGGCAAUGUAAGCUCUGAACAAAUAAUACUAAUAGAACUGGAGCAGCUGAAACAUGAACGACAAAAUCUAGCAGAAGAAAUUUCCGCUCUAAACGACAAAUACGAGAAAGGUAAGCUCUUCUGGCAGUCGACGGAGCAGAAGUUCAAAGGAACGAUAUUUGAACUGGAGAGCAAAAUAGAAGAUUUACAACAACGCCUGAAAGUGGAAACUACUAAACUGCAUCAGCUGGACGACGAUUUAGGCAUCAAGCAAAGAGAACUGCUAUCGGCUAGAGAAGAACUGGUUAAACAACGCACAGCAUUUUCCGUUAAAGUUCAUGAAAAGGUAGCUGAAAUCACCAAACUGCGUAAUAAAAUGCACAAUCGUCCUACGAGCCCUUCUUCGGACUUGGAACAAAGACUGGCAUCUCUAACGCAAUCUUUAGUGCAAAAACAGAACACCCUGGAAUCAACGACCGCAGAGAGGAAUGCGCUUCGUCUUCAGCUUGAGAAAUUAGAUACUCAAUACCGGGGCGUCGUUUCCCAGGUCCGGCAACAACGGGCGGCUUAUACAAGCCUUAAUGAAACGGAUGACGCGAAAUCCCAAGUUCCAAAUUUUAUGGUCGAAAAUCCCUUCGACAAUAACAUGGCGAGACGCGUGAAACGAGCAUACUCAUCGUUGGAUUCCAUUGGCAUACGAUUGGGUGUAUUCCUAAGGCGAUACCCGUUGAUUCGGAUAUUGGUAAUUGUCUAUAUUGCCGUUCUGCACAUGUGGGUCAUGUUUGUGCUGCUUUCGUCUACUCCAACGUAGUGCGGCAGUGGUGGGACAUUUUAUUGCAAUAGG